AUGCAACAACGUGAUUUGACAAGUGACACUUUUUCCGUUGAACCAUUUAUCGAGAUCGAAAAAGGUGGUCCGCUGAUCCUUGGUCCCUCAACUGAGAAUGUUGUAGGAACUAAGGGUGUCACUGUUGAAGCUGCUGCAUUUGGUGCUGAAAAACGCCUGAAUCAAGAAGUUCUUCCAGCUUCCCCGAACGGAGGUGGCGAUGGAAAAGAAAACAUUGCGAAAGUUUACGAGAAAUUUGUCCCCUUUGUAUUGGAAGGUAUCUGCAAUCAGGAAGCCGAAGAUGCUUCUGAAAACGUUGGUGAGCGUGAGGCUGCCAGACACUCUAGACAGAUCUCGACCUUGAAAAAGUCGUCUGUUCUUUAUGAUCGAGAAAAGUUUGCUAUUCACAGCACGUCACAGCGGCUCGUUCGAGAGGCAGAGGUGCAUCUUCCUGCUUAUAAGCCGAAACAGUAUUCAACUUUUGCGGAAUUUCGAAAGGCUCUUAAGGGCGAUAAAUCACAACCGACACCGACUCUCAGGGCUUUUAGUACACGAAUGGUCAAUAAAGGACGUCAUGUGCUACCUGCUUUAAACAGUGAUGCCGGUUGUCCUGCUGAUGGGCUAACUAGCGCAACGAGACCCGAUAGUAAUGAAGUUCCAACAAAUGACGUCUUGAAACUACCUGCAGAACUUUUGCCUCCUCGACUUCCAAAAGCCAAUGAUGAUGAUAUCAUCGAUUUGCUUGAAGACGAAAAUUCGGGCACUUCUGCUAAGCACGCUCACCUUAAUCGACUGUUAUCGAGAUUCAUUGGCUAUGUUAAAACGACAGAUUGGGAUGCGAAGGCUGAUGCGAAGAGGGCUGUAGAAUAUUCGAUUAUUACAAAGGCAAGUCUACUCAUUUACAAUACUUCGACUGACCUGCAAGCAAAUAUCCCAGACGCUCGGACAGGAAGAUUCUCUCUUCAGUUGGACAAGGUCGCAUACAAGCCAAGCCAUUCAAAAGCGAUAACUUUCACCGAUCGUCGGACAUGGGCUAAGCACAGGUUAGAAUUGCAGGCGAUCAUGCGCUCCAAACGACUUAGACAUUAUGACGAGCGAAUGCAACGUUACGGGGGCCCACGGUUCAGUUCGGCGACAUCUGACAACGAUCCGGAUGAGGUCGAAGGUGAUGAAAGUGAAAUUUCUACAGAAACAGAACAGGAGGAGGACGAGGAUGUGGCUGGAGAUGAAGAUAGUGAUGAAAUUAUCAACAUGUCACACAUUCGAAAUCGAGCGAAUCUGUUUGUAGAUGAUGAAGCGGAAGAAGACGAAGAUGGUGACGAUGAUGGAAUCCCACGGGAAGAUGCGGCUGGAAUUUGCAAAUCUCCAUCCAAUUUUUCUUCUGAGGCUGUCAAGGCGCAUCAAGCGUUGGCUUCCGGAGGUUGCGUUGAACCAGGCGAAAUUGACCUUUUUUCUAAUGACACGACUCAUCUUGUGGAUAGUAUGUCAGUAGUAUUCACACACCUAGAAUCUUUAGAAGAUCAUUAUGACCCUAAAAUGUUUCCAUCUAUGAAUUACGAGAAUCCACUCUAUUGUGAAUUGCCUUCGGCCAAGAUUUUAAACAGGCCAUGGGACGGUACGCCUUACGGCAUGCUAUUUAGUCAGCAGCGGAUUCCUUUGCAGGAUAGUGCAUCGGUGUAUUCCUCAAUUGAAAACAACAAUUCCGAUGAAACUCUUUCGAUUCUCCCAUCUUCGCAACCUCAGAUUUGUCAGGAUUUGACACAACCUUCAUUUUCCGAAGACAUAAGUAGUUGCGAUCCAGAUCCGGCUUCGUUGAAGUUCCCAUUGCACAUGAACCCUUUGGUGGAAACGGAAGGGAAACCAAAAUUAAUGCGAGUUCGCGAUACUCAUGAGUCUGGAGUCUCAAGUGCUACUUCUCAAGUUUCAGUUUGUGCCCUUGGAUUCAGUCAAAGCCCACAAGAUAUCAGUAGCAUCUCACUCUUCUCAAAUUAUGACAGCCAACCUCGCUUUUUGUCAGAUGCGCAAACGACCCAGGUCAAUACUAAACUCUUGGGAAACACUGACGCUGAAUUUUCUGCAGAACCUGUUGAUACACGAUCUGUGCUUUCAACAGACACUCAACAUCUAGGCGAUGACCAGCAGCUGCGAUUGCCCCCGGAAUCCCGUAGACGUCUUAAGCGUCUUUCUCACACGUCCGGGGGAAACUCGGGUGACGAGGCAGAUUUCGAACGCGUGUACAAGCGCAGGGCUUUCUUCUCUGAGCAGACACAAUGUAUAAAAGGGCCUGAAGAGAAGUUACCGGACGAAUCGCAAAUUAUAAAAGCGCGCCUUGUUGACACGGCUGGUGUUCUGACGGCUGCUGAAGAUGAAAGUGGGGAAGCAGAAGUUGGCGAUCACUACGACCUUAGUGACGUUGAAAAUGCCACUGAAGGGACUGAAUAUUCUUCCGACAAUGAAAUGAAAUAUCUCUGCAUUUCUGAACGGGAGAAAAAUGGCCCUAAGUAUAAGCCAACGGAUUUUAUUGACGAGGAGGCUGAACUCUCAGGUGAUGAUGCUGAGCGCGCAAUUUACCUGGACGAAGAGGAGGACAUUGAUGACGAUUCAGACUUGCACAGUCUGAAGGACUUUGUCGACGAGAAUGAAAUAGACGACCGGACUGGCAAGCUGCGGUGCGAGGUGGAGCGGGUAUAUAAUCGCAUCCAGAACGACGAUGAUCGACGGCGAAUCCGCUUUCUUAAGGAAAUGUUCUUUGAAGACGGAGAUCUCUAUGAAGAAGGCGGAAGAGUGCGGCAGCGUCGUUUUCGCUGGAGAGGUCUUGAUAAAGAGGAUCCACUUACUACGAAUGGGACUGAUUCAGAUGAGGAUGGUGAAGAGAAUGAGGAAGAAGGAAGACCGGAAGGUGAGGAUGUCUUCUCUGCGUCGGUAUGCAAAGGUGCCGGUAUUAUGAGUCGGUGGCUACUCCAAGGCUCAUCGGGCUCCCUUUCUGGGAAGGUUUCUGCAGCCGGAGAUGUAAAUUCUGGUAGCAAAGAUACAGAAGUUCCCGAAUCGCUUGUUACGUCUACAGAUGGUGCCAGCAAUAUGAAGUAUGGUGCUUCUUCUGAGAGUAUUUAUGGAUCCAUUCUCAGUCGAUCCACAGCUCUCCUCCCUAACGCAUUGGUUGGUCCCUCUCCGCACACUCAUGACGACGAUGGAGUCGAGAUCGUCGACCCUAGUGUAUCCAGUGCAGACGAUGCUUGUGCCAGCGGCGCCACCUGGACCAAUAGAUUUGGAUCGGGUCUGAGCGGUAUGCCGGGUGAGAUCUUCAUUCGUCUCCUCAAACUAAUCAUCGUUCCACUUAUCGUGGCAACUGUCAUAAUGGUGACCUCAACACUGGAUUUAAAGGAAAAUGGGAAGAUAAGCGCAGUUUCAUUGGCUUUUAUCACAACUUCAAAUACGGUUGCAGCAAUUUGUGGCACAGUUGCAAGCUUACUGCUCAAACCAGGAUAUUUGACGCCAACAAACGCAUCCAUCAUCAACCAGACGUUUACAACAGAUACUCCACCCAAGACCUCGGACAUUUUUGCCGAUAUGCUGUAUUUCACUCCUGUCGGUGUGUGCUUCAUGAUCGCGGGCCCGAUCGCCGGUCUGCGCGAAUUAAGCACCACCUUUGGUCAGCUGGGUCUCUUUAUGGUCACGGUCAUUGCUGCCCUCAUUGCUCACAUGAUCAUAAUUUUCACCAUCUACGCUGCAUUCACUAGGUCCAAUCCCUUUCGCCUCUUGCCCCACUGCUUCCGCACCUGGCUCAUUUCAAUCGCUACUCUUGCCCCAGUUGUAACCAUUCCGGAUAUGUACAAUGCCAGCGACGCUUUCGGAAUAAACCCUAAAGUCUCCCGAUUCGUUGUCCCACUUACAGCAACUUUAAAGGGUGAUGGAUCAGCUGCUUUUCUAGGAGCUUCAGCCGUUUUCAUCGUCCAGCUCACCAAUACACCACUAACUUCUGCCAUGGUUGUUAUAAUUAUCUUGCUUAGUGCCGCGGCAGUUUUUACGCUACCAAAUAUUCCAAGCUCUAGUUUGGUUAUUUUGGUAACGAUUCUUGCAUCGCUUGGCGUGCCAGUCAAUUACGUUGGUCUGCUUUUCGCCAUUGACUGGUUUAUGGACCGAUGUCGUACCACAAACUUGGCUGUGUUGCACCUCUACUGUGUGGCGUUCACUCACCUUAUCUGCGAGGGGAAGUUGCACAGGAACAAGGACUCGAAUGAUGUCAAUGGACUGAUGCCAAUACCAAUGGAAGGAACUGGUCUCGAGGAUGGUGCCUUCAUAUCGUUUUAA